AUGAUCCCCGGUGAUCCCUUUCGAUCCCUUUCGAUCUCGUUCGUCGACGUGGAGGACGUCUGGGAACGAGGACAGGAUCCCGACGUUCUCGUUCCUCUCAUACUUUUCCUUCCUCGUUUUACGAGUCUUCGGCAGCGGCUCGAAACGUCGUACCGAGCUGCAAUCCCCUUCGUAUGUGGAUCCGGUCCGAACGAUUCGACCUAUUCCCGAGGAACGAGAGCCUCGUCGGGAGGCCGUGCAGAGGAAGUUCUCGUGGGAACGGCCAUCCGUUCCGGAGCGCGGCUCCGAAGGAAGGUUCCGACUCGGCGGGGCCGGAGCUUAUCUCGAGGCCCGGGCGGGAAUAGAGGCGCCAUGAGGAAAAUCUCACGGGAUUCCCCAUCUCGCAUCCUUAGUGUUGGAUCCACGAAGAAGAUGAAGACUCGGUGGAAUCGAAUGGGGCCGGGCCUGGGUUGGGCCUUGCUUCUCCUGGUCUCUUCGUCUCCGUCGGCGGCUCACCCGGUCGCGGAAAAGAAACCGGGAAGACCCGAGGUCACCCCCGACAUGACCGGCCCCUACUUUCAAGGCGACAUCAUGACCUUACCCGGCCAAGAUCCCCAAAACGUCCGGCCGCACGUUCUCCGACGAGACGAUUCGGGAGGAGAGUCGAAGACCUGCGACGUGAACUUCUUCUCUGGAACCGAGUUUCGUGGGGUUCGUCCCAUCGUUUCUCGUCGGCUGGCCGCAGAUAGACGCGUCCUCGCCUCGUCCUCGAUGCGUCCCUCCCUCGUUCACCGAGUAGCCCUCAUCCUUUCUGCACGCGUCCGGCCCAGUCGGGUGGAGCGAGAGAACGUUGCAAUCCGCCAAGAACAGAGGCAGGUGUUCGCGCAGGCCAUCUCCAUCUACGAGAGAAGCACGUGUCUCCGAUUCCGAGAGAGAACCUCCGAAGACUCCGGCUACAUCAACGUCGUCCCCGACGCCGAUACCACUUGCAGCUCUUACGUCGGAUACAUGGGGUCGAGUCAAGAGAUGAGGUUGGCGGAUCGGUGCUUCCAGAAGAUCGGCAUCGUCCUCCACGAGAUCAUGCACGCCAUCGGCUUCUACCACGAGCAGAGUCGGGCCGAUCGCGACGAUUGGGUCGUCAUCAAUUGGUCGAACAUCGAAGAAGGGAAGGAGCAUAACUUCGAAAAAUACAGUCUGGACGAGAUCACGCACCUGGGCACGGAAUACGACUACGGGAGCGUCUUGCAUUACGGGGCCUAUGGAUUCGCCAUCGAUCCCGACGUUCCGACCAUCGAUCCCAUCUUUGCGGAGCCCGGUGACAUCGGUCAACGAGAGGGUUUCAGCGAAAACGACCUCAUCAAAAUCAACCGCCUCUACGAGUGCCCGCAACACUAACGUCCGCGACGAGAACUCGGGAAUAAAUAUAUUCUGCAGGCGAGAAA